CAGACAUGGCGGGGAGAUGCCGAGGAGCAGUGCUGUUGGCCCGCAGGCUGGGGAGCCUUUACCAGCGCCCAGCGGCUCCGGCCAGAGGGAUGGCCUCCUGCAUAGACGCCUCCAUUGGGCUGAAUGAAGAACAGAAGGAGUUUCAGAAAGUAGCGUUUGAUUUUGCUUCCCGAGAGAUGGCACCUCGUAUGGCGGAGUGGGAUGAAAAGGAAAUAUUCCCGGUGGAGACCAUGCGGAAGGCGGCACAGCUUGGGUUUGGGGGUAUUUACAUACAGCCGGAUGUUGGGGGAGCCGGACUCUCCAGACUUGACACCUCCAUCAUUUUUGAGGCUCUGUCCACGGGAUGUGUGAGCACGACAGCCUACAUGAGCAUUCACAACAUGUGUGUAUGGAUGAUCGAUACAUUUGGUAACGAUGACCAAAGGCAUACGUUCUGUCCUCCACUUUGUAGCAUGGACAAGUUUGCGUCGUAUUGUCUAACAGAACCAGGCAGCGGUAGUGAUGCAGCAUCCCUGUUAACUUCUGCCAAGAGAGAUGGCGACAAUUACAUCCUUAAUGGUUCGAAGGCGUUUAUCAGCGGCGGUGGAGAAACUGAUGUCUAUGUGGUGAUGUGUCGUACGGGAGGCAGUGGUGCACGAGGGAUCUCCUGUCUGGUGGUGGAGAAAGGGACUCCAGGGCUCAGCUUUGGCAAGAAAGAGAGGAAGGUCGGGUGGAACUCCCAGCCAACACGAGCGGUUAUAUUCGAGGAUUGCGUGGUUCCUGUGACCAAUAGAGUUGGCGAAGAGGGUCAGGGGUUUGGUAUUGCUAUGCAAGGCCUGAAUGGAGGCCGAAUAAAUAUCGCAUCCUGUUCACUCGGAGCAGCUCACGCCUCUGUGUUACUUGCCCGAGACCAUCUCUCUGUGAGGAAGCAGUUUGGGGAGCCUUUAGCUAAUAAUCAGUACCUGCAGUUUGGGCUAGCAGAGAUGGCAACGCGUCUGGUCACCGCCCGGCUGAUGAUUCGACAUGCAGCUCAGGCCUUACAGGAUGGACAGGCAGAUGCUGCUACAUUCUGUGCUAUGGCAAAGCUUUAUGCUACCGAGGAGUGCUUUAAGGUGUGUAAUCAAGCCCUGCAGAUGCAUGGAGGAUAUGGAUACCUAAAAGACUAUGCCGUGCAGCAGUAUGUCCGCGAUAUUCGUGUUCAUCAGAUCUUAGAGGGAACCAAUGAGGUAAUGCGGAUGAUAGUAGCCAGAAGCCUGUUGCAAGGGUGAAAUCCGUGCUCUGAUUGCAGGAGCUGUUAUGUCUGCCAGGAAGGCGAAUGUGUACAAAAUGUCUCCUGGAGCAUUGCUGUGUGGAACCAUUUACGGAUCUGUUGUACAGAAACAUUAAGGGGUCUACCCGCUAAACAGUGGAAGGUGCUAACUUUGAAAUGUCAAAAUUACUGACAACUUAGGAAGGAGUGGUUUUCUGUGUCCUGGGGGCAGUUACAAAGAAAUCGCCAACAUUCAUACCUCACCAGCUUCUUGUUCUAUCACGUUCAACUCCAUUUCUUAACGUUCUAUUCAAUCAAUACGCACUCUCAGGGGAUAUUUGUCUUUGGCUAAUUUUACUUUUGUUCUCGUGGUAUCGUGUCAUUAAUGUGAGUGUGGGCUUUGUUGUGUUUUUUUUUUUCUCCCUUUUUAUUUCAGAAUCAAUUUCUUAUUCUUUAUCUGAUGUAAUAUUAAAUAUUAAAAUGCCUUUGAUUCU